GGGAUGCGCCCAUGAAUAACAGAUUUUAUUUUACCGUUGUGUUAUUUUGAAAUCAAUCAGAACAGUUUAAAUUAUUAGAUAUAAAUGAAAUACUAGCACCAUGGAAACAUCAAUAAAGGAUAGCCAAUCAACAUUGAAAUCAAGUUCUGUAUGGAAAGAUGUUACAGACGAUUUUAUGUUGGCCACUUCUGACCUGCAACUUGGUGAACUUUUGCAUGAUUCUUCGUUUGGGCUAUUUGAGGCAAUGUCAGCUAUUGAAAUGAUGGACUCCAAGAUGGAUGCUGGUAUGAUGUGUAAUCAAAUAAAACGUAAAGUUCUUACAUUUGAACAAUCAAUAGAGGCAGGUAGGGUGAAGAUUACAGAUGUGAGUUGUGAAGAUAAGUUAGGAAUCAUUGAUUCUACAAUGGCCUGUUUGGUGACAUGGUUAGAAGGUCAUUCCCUAGCUCAAACAGUAUUUACUAACCUUUAUCUACACAAUCCUUAUAUUAUAGAAGAUAGGGUAUUAAAGGCAUUCAGUAUCUGUAUGUUAAAAAUAGUGGAUAUUAUAAGGAUGAGAAUUAAUAUAGCAAGUGUAUUUGAAGAGGAAGAUUUUCAACCAAUGUCUUAUGGAUUCAAAAUGGCGUUUGAUUUGACAGAGACUAGGUGUUUAGGAAUGAUGAAAGAAGUAGAAGAAGAACUCAAUAAAACUCUAAGAUCAACAAGAACUAAACCUGGUGAAGAAAGAAAUGAAGCACUUGAAAAAGAGCAUAAUUUAACAUUAGCUUUAUAUACUAGAAUAAAAUUUUAUAGACUGUUUUAUUCACUCUUAGUUUUACUAGCAAAAGAAAAGGUAGUUAUUGAAGGAAUACCACAAGUUAUUAAGUUAUUGAGUCAACUAGAUGAACUAAUCCAGUCCAUUCAACCUACCAUUCAAUAUGGUAUACAACCAUCUGAACGAGAAGCAACAAAAAAUGAUUAUCCAACUAUAAUGGGAUUUGAACCUUUAAUUAACCAGCGUUUACUACCACCAACAUUUCCACGUUACACUGUAAUCAAAGAUCGUGAUGAAUCAAUAGUCUAUAUUAAACAGUUAAUACAGCAUUUAAAUAUAGUUACAUCAUUACCAGAUGUCAUUUCAUUACAUACAUUGAUAGAUAUGUUUAUAGAAUUCAGUAAAUCUUCACCAUGUGUUCUAGCUAGAUCAGUCUUACAGUUAGCAGUAUUACCUCAAAAUAGAAGGAUUUAUGGUAGUCAUACAGUUAUAGAUUUUAUGAAAGAGACAAUAAGAAAUUUUAUAGCUCCGCCAGCUCUGUCAACUAAGUGUAGUCUAUAUAACAAUUCUCAAGCUAAAGAUUAUGUUGAUGCGUUAUUGAAUCAAGGUGUACGGCCUAUACGUAAUAUCUUAGAAAUAACUGGUCAUAAUAGAGCUAGACAGAGAGAUAAAUGGGCCCAUAUAUUAGAAGAGCUGUCAAAUUUACAAGAAGAGGCAGAUAAAGUAGAUGCUCUGCUUCAUGGAAUUCUGGUCAAAACUGAACCCAGUAGAAAUCAUUUAGCUUGUUUUGGUACUUGGGUAUUAUAUCAUUCUUUACAAGCUAUGAUACAUUAUACACUGGCAGGCUUUGAACUAGAGUUAUAUGCUACUUAUGAAUAUCAUUAUGUUUAUUGGUAUUUAUAUGAGUUAUUAUUUGCCUGGUUAGUAUCAACUUUACAUCGUGCUGAUAAUUUUUUACUGGAGAAUGACAUGGCAGCAGAUACUUCACAAAAAGGAAGAAGUAAUAAAAAGAACAAAAAGAAGAAAAGAACUAAAACAUUAAGUAAAGAAAUCAACUUGGCCCAGGCACAACAACAGAUGUUUGGUGGUUAUUAUAAGGCUUUGGUAGGAUUUAGAUUAGAUAAUAAACUAACAGUACCAUCAUUUGAGUUUGAUUGUGAAGAAGUGAGAUAUAGUCAUAGAUUUGGUCCAUUUGUUAAUGUUAUCACACCCCCUGUUGUUUAUUAUAGUCAGUAUAAGGAAAUGAGUGAUUUGAGACGUUAUGAACCAGGACCAACAGCCAUAGAUAUGUAUGAUGUAUCUUGUAAAUGUUUUCAUCAAGCUAAGACAUUAUUCGAGAGUAUUCCCUCACCAAAUGAAGAGGUACAAUCAUUAAUGAGAAUAGCUAAAACAAAUUUUGUGGUUAUGAAGUUAUUAGUUGGUGGACAUAAAAAAGAAUCUCUGGUCCCUCCUGAGUUUGAUUUCAGUCAACAUCGAGUUUACCCUAUUAUUAAAGUUAUAUAGAUCAUGGAAACAUUGUAAUUUAUUGUUGUGAAUAAAAAAUCAAAUGCUU